GUGAUAUAUAUCAUAUGAUCGCGAGAAGAUCAGGUGCUCUGCUUUUACUUUCUGCUUGGUCAGUUAGUAACGUUCGAUAGUGAGAGAUUGAUACGGCUUAUUUUAAUUUGAUUCAACAAUGAAGAGCAAUACGAGAAAACUACAGAAUUUUCAAUUUUUCCUAGCUAUAAGCAUCAUUUGUCAAAUUACGCUUUUACAUGCUGAUCCGUGCGUGCCUGUUAUAAUAUGGUGUUUAAAUAAUCAGUCCGACAUUGUCAACUCGACGCAGUUGAACGCAAUAUCCAAUCCAUUGCAAAAAUUAUCAUUGGAAGAUUUUGAAAGAACUUUAUUCCAACUGGAUAAAAUCAUCGACUUGCUUAUCGUCACCAAUGAAUUUUGCAUUGAAGAUUUCAAGAAUAUUAAGAUACUCUCAAAUGUUACCAAUGGUUCUAAGAUGCACUAUCUUCCCUGUGUUGAUACACCGUAUUCUGUCUUCCGCAAGACUUUUAAUUACAAACAGAUGAAAACAUUAGAGGACAUAAAUGAUAAUCAUGAAUUAAACAUGGUUUUCAAAGAUAUUGACUCAAGUACAUAUAUAGCAAUUACAGGAAAGGAAUGUCGAUAUAGUCAAAAUGAACGUAUAAAGCGAGAAGUUUUUGCUGAUAAUUCUACAGACUUCAGAAUAAAAACAGAUAGAGUUCUUCUAUAUUCUAGUGCAGCACUAUCAUUCAAGGUUGGAAAUUCAGAAAAUGCCAUAUCGCUUCCCAGUUCUGGUGCUACAGCAUCAACUCAUACAGAUACAAAUGGUACACUAACCUUGACCAUUAAGUUUUCUGAUAUUGAGGAAAUUGGCAGGCUGACCCUAGAGUUCUUUUUCUCAGUUAAAAGUAUGGGCUAUUAUAUGUUGAAGAAAGUUCAUUAUGAGACAAGCAGUACAAGUGAUUUUCUAGAAACGAAAUUAGACAUUUACUUUCCAUACAAUUUUUCUUAUCACUGUUCACAAAAUGUCGUUUUUAUCAAUGAUAUGGUAUAUUUAAAUAUCACAAAUAUACAAGUUCAAAUUGAUUCAAAAGAUGCGACAUUUAACGAUGCGUACGAUUGUGUCGGUUUCACCAGUAUUCCGAUUUGGACGGGAAUUUUUGUAACUGCCAUAUUAGCCUCGAUUAUGACAUGGGCACUCAUAAUGAUCAUGGAUAUUCGUACGAUGGACAGAUUCGAUGACCCUAAAGGAAAAACCAUCACGAUCUCUGCCGCGGAAUAAAAUAUAAAAUAUAAUUCGUAUAAUAAUUUAAUAUAUUAAUAUAUUGUAUAAAAUUAUCAUUACAAGAAAAAUCACCUUUACAAGCCAUGCCAAUUUACAAAAAUUAUUUAGAUUAAAUUCUAUGUAGACUCAAUGAAUACCUUGUGUUUAUAGAAAAAUGAAAAGGAACAGUGUUGAAUAAUAUAUAACAGCUAUGCUAGUCUAACCGACACACCAAAUAUUAUAAAAAUCUUGACCCAAUGUAUUAAUAUCCAUACACAUAUACAUUCCAUUAUUUGUCUUAAUAUAUAUGGAUGUCUCAUAAUGUUUAUCUAAAUUUAUUACUACUUUAUUAUUAGUUU